UUGUUGGAGAUGAAAAUGUAUAAUUUAGUUAAUUUCACCGUCAUCUUUCUCUCCCUACACCACUUCAUGAAAUGCCUUGUUCAGUCAUUAAAAGUCACGUCCUUUGGCGUUCGAGUGCGGGCGUGACUCGAAGCUUUGUUUAUAUCAGCUGACUCAACAAGGAGGUACUAGUAAUAUUUUAAAAACAACAAAAUUGUAAAACUCUUCCUUGUACUUGUAAACAGGUUACCGACUCAUGAAACAGAUCUCAACUUGGUUUAUUUUACGAAUCACGAAGUUCACAGUAAAUCUAGCAGUUUCGAAUCACUCAUCAGCCACUGUUCGACUCUCACUGGUGACUGUCUGGCUGACCACCGCCGUCACCGCCCGGCGCCCACCAGUUCCCUGGCGACGCUUGGAAUAGACUUUUAGACAGGUUUUCAGCUGCUGUAAAUGACAAUGAGAGGCGUUAUUUGGAUUCCAUGGAAAUACUUUCUCGUGUUUAUUGCUGUCCAGGUAUCUGAUGGAGCGCCAGCACAAAGAGCUAAAGGAGAACAGCUGCAGCUCCGAGAGUCCUCCACAAGCACAGGACAUGCCAACAGGAGCUCUGCUACUGGUCAGGACCUAGGGAGCAGCAGUUACUCCUCUGGGGAAAUUCAGAGAAAGAGCUCUGAACUCGCCCAAGAGAGAGGUGACCUGGACCAGCUAUUCAAUGGGUCAUCUCUUGGCUACAUUACAAGUUAUGGGGCUACUGAUCAAGAUGGCAAAAGCAGCGGCUCCAGCAUUGGUGAAAUCGUUAGUGGUGUCGGCAGCAACAGUGCAGACAGCAGAAAGAUGAGAGAAAGAAGUAUCAGUGGUGAGAAUGGGAUGGAUAGCAGUAGCACCAGUGAUAGCAGCAGCAAUGAGGAGGCAUGGAAUCAGAGACAUCACCUGGCCAGGGUAGCUCAAGAGACCGAACCUUCAUCACCAGGCAAGGAGGGUUCUCAGGAACAGGAAACUGUGUAUCAAGAUAUAUCAGAUGAUUAUAAUAUGAGACGCGUGAAUGAGGUGGCCAUGGGCACAACACGUUUAAUACAUGGAUUACUAGGUUUGACUGAGGAGGAUGCCAUUUAUCAAAGGAAGGAGCUAUCUCAAGAUGAAUUUUAUGAAAGGCUUAAGUCUCUCAGGAAAAAGGUAUUUCUCUUAGCAGAUAAAAUUAACAAACUCAAAACAUCUGCUGAUAACAUGAAGACUUCAGUUGAUGAACUGCAGAGUCAUUCACAGCAUCUUGUCUCAGAGUACACUCUCUCAAGAAAUGGUUUCGAAGACACUAAUCAAGAUAAUGCCAAUUCCCUAAAGAAGUUUGCUUCUCAAAGCUUAAAUUAUCUGUCUGGCACAUCAUCAUUAGCCUUGUAUGAGAACCCUUCCAUUGGAAUUGAUGAGUAUGAUAAAUAUGUCGAAACAUAUAAUACACUGAGUACCUGGAUGGUAAACAGAAGGAACAGAAAACAGCAGGAAGAGGAAGAGGAAAUGGUAUAUGACUCUGAACCUACACAAUGGAGAAAUGAUAAAAGAUCUUUCCCUGAAUUGCCAGUGAUGGAUGACAUUUCGUUUUCCACUGAAGAUGAGCUUCUUACUCCCUUACCCACAGCUUUAGAAGAGCUUACUACCUUAUCUACAGCUUUAAAAGAUGAGCUUCUUAAUACCUUACCCACAGCUUUAAGAGAUGAGCUUCUUACUACCUUACCCACAGCUUUAGAAGAGCUUACUACCUUAUCUACAACUUUAAAAGAUGAGCUUCUUAAUACCUUACCCACAGCUUUAGAAGAUGAGCUUCUUACUACCUUACCCACAGCUUUAGAAGAGCUUACUACCUUAUCUACAGCUUUAAAAGAUGAGCUUAUUACUACCUUACCCACAGCUUUAAGAGAUGAGCUUCUUACUACCUUACCCACAGCUGGUGAAGGCAAGCUUGAAACUACCUCGCCCAUCACACCUAAGGCGACAACCCAACUCAUCACACCUAAGGCGACAAUGCAGCCCAGGACACCUAAGGAGACAGCCCAACCUGACACACCUAAGGCAACAACCUACCCCAACACACCCAGGGAGACAACCCAACCCAGCACACCCAGGGAGACAACCCAACCCAGCACACCCAGGGAGACAACCCAACCCAGCACCCUUAAGGCGACAACCCAGCCCAGCAUACCUAAGCAGACAGCUAGCAAGAUUUCCCAAGGUGCUGAGAAGUCGUCAUUCUCAUAUCAAAACAAUGUGGUGUUGCUUGUGGGCCUCUCAUUGACUGGUCUGACCUUGAUAUUGGCCUUCAUUGGGCUCACCAUACUCUACCGGGUCAGUCGGAUAAGACGGAAGCUUCGAGAGAGAACCAACCGUCGUUUCCCACGAUCUCGCUAUACUCACUACAACAUUGCAUCCAUGUAGUAUUUGGCUCAACUAUCACAAGUAUGUUGCUGUGGUCUUAUGCUUCAUUGGUAACCAGAAAGACUUGGAAAAUUUACACUAGAAUUUUGUUGGCAAUUUUAAAGAGGUUCACUCAGAUGUUCUUGUUUCCACUUAGUAACUUACAACAUUAUAGUUUUGAUGCAUCAAUUUUAUGGAUGAUAUAAAAAGCCAGGAUGCAGAUUUAUUAAUUUGUAUUUGGGAACAUAAUGUAAGUAUUCCUAAAAUUAAUUUUUUUAUUUUUAUUUAAGCAACUUACUUUGCAACGUGGGUUGUUUUCACAAGCUAGAAUAUUUUAUUGUACUGUAAUAGUUAUAAUCAAUAGGUAAGUAAUUUUGUAUUUACUUAUUGUAGUAAGAACAACAUUCUUACUUUCUAUGAAAUAAAAUUAGACUGUCUUGGCUAGAAACUUUUGUACAGGCAGUCCUCGAGUUACCAACAGCCGACUUAUGAACAUCCACACUUACAAAUGGGAUCCCAAUAUAUUCAUCACAAUAAUCUGUUACUAAAAUCCCAUGUCUUACACUAAUUUCAUUAUUCCAUAUUGUUUAACAUCACUUUAUUUCCAUUAUUUGUUAUGUAUGUGAUAUUAAUGUUUUUUUAUGGGUAGGGUUGCGCUUUAACCUAACCUCACCUAUGGAAUUAACACGGUCCAGGAACUUAAACUGUUCGUAAGUCGAGGACUGCCUGUAUUCAUUUUGUUGAAUUUAUAAAUUUUAUGAUCUUGAAACUUCAAAAUGAAGUGCAAACAUUUGUUUGAUUCAAGUACCUACUGUAACUGUGUUUGUUGUUUUUCAGUAACCUAGUAGUACAGUAUUUAUUUUUUAUAUAAUCAAAUUUGAGAUUCCAUAAAUGUUAUUUUAUAUAAGAGUAAAUAUUAUCUAUAACUUAAGUGUUGUUUUGUAAAAAUUGCCACAAACAAAGAAUAAUUAGAUUGAUUAAUUUGUAAUUUUUUUUUAUUUGAUAUUGAAGCAUGAUUUAUUAAUCACAAAACUAAUAUAAUGAAUAUACUGUAAUUUGAAAAGUGUAAUGUAUAUCAGUGUAUUGAGUACAGUACAGCAUAUCUUAUUGCUGUCCUAUACUUGUUGUGUUUGUUAAUUCUGAGACAUUAAUUCUGUCAGAUGUGAUCAAACGACAUAAAGCAUAGGAAAAGGAAUGGGAUUUUUUCUAACACUGGAAUAUUUUUAGUAUGGUAUUUUUACAACAUAAUUUGAUAGUCCAGGGUUUAAACAUAUCUUUUGAGAGUCCAUGUUUAAAUGAUGGUGAAAAUACAAUUGUACAUACAUGAUGUGCUUAAUUAUUUCACAUUAAGCAAAUGAGAUUUUUUUUUAAUAUACUCUAUGAAAGUUUUUAUAUAAAUUUAAAUUAUGACUUAAGGCUCAUUGGUGAUAAAAUGGACGGUACAUGGGGAAAUCUUGUUGGUAAUUUAUUUUGGUAUUGAACACUGUGUGGGCUCUGUUACCAAACAUCUGCUCAACAAACACUAAUUUUUACCUACUGUACAUUACCUACGGUACCCUAGAAUGCACGGGGAAUCGACGAAAUUACAUUGUCCAUUUAUGAGAGGAGGACAUGUCUCCUCUGUAAUUACUAAUGCUGUAGAAUUUGUAAUUGAUUUAUAUAUCUGCAUGUUGUACAGCGUAUUACAAUAUAAUAUCUGUUAAAUGUGGUCCCCAUACUUUGCUUUGAUUUUUUUUUUUUUUUACUUUGGGAAAAUAGUAGUCAGUUUCACUCUUGUUGCUACAGGGUCUAAGACACUAACUUUGAGAUCUACUGAUUUCAGGUUUUAACGUGCACGUGUGUGCAGCUGUGUACUAGUUUCUCUUUUAAUCUUGUACGUCUUGUAUAAUGCAGUACUGUACUGUACAGUAUACUGUAUGUAUACAGAAAAUAUACUGUAUUAUAUUUUCUGUAUAGUAUAUAUACUGUACAGUACUGUACUAUACAAGACAUACAAGAUUAAAAGAGAAAUUAGUACUUAUGUCAGUCAGGUUCGGUAGAUGUGAGGAUGGACGUAUUGGAUAAUAAUAGCUUUUUUAAGUACAGUAGUAGUUGGGGCCAGGUUAAGGGUUUCGUAGCCCCUGGACACUUUUCUAUUGUAGGCUCCUAAAUUUGCCAAUGUACUGUCUAUUUAUGUGUCUUAUUUAAACUUGACCCAAAUUGUUCCCUUAGGAAUGUGUUUGUUCUCUUAGCACUAUAACUAAGCUAUAAAUUUCUACUUAUAAUAAAGAAUUACUACAAUGAUGACACUGAAUCUGUGUUUACUGAAGAGUUUCUGUUGUUCAGAGAAAUGCUCCCCAACAAUCAUUAAGUGGCAGAAUUACUGAAAACUCGAGUAACCAAGGGGCUGGUGAACAGCUUUCCCAAAGUGAAUACAUAGCUUUUAGAAUAUAUUUUUAAAUACUUUCUACCACCUGGAAAGGCGAGAGGUCAUUUUCCAACUUGAAAGGUAAAAAAAAAAAAAAUAAAUAAAA